GGCAUCGCCCCGCGCAGGAUUGAUAAUGUAAAAUGCGAAAAUUUUAUAUAAGCCAUUCUGAAGAACUGAGGAACAGCAGCCAUUACAAGUAACACUUGUGGUAAGCCAUGGCACAAUCUGAGAAAAAAGGUGGAUUACUUCGGAAAUCUUCAUCUAGUAAGAAACCCCUGAAAGAGAAGGUUGUGUUAAUGUAUGAUGAGAUCUUCACAACAGAAGAUCCCAGUAAAUACAACCCUCGGUUUUGGGAGGAGCUCUUCCUCAUGAAGGUGAAUUUGGAAUAUCUGGAAGGAAAGCUAGAAUCUCUGGAUGGUGAAGAGUUAAUGAAGAUAAAAGAUAACAUUAAUUGCUUAUUCCAACGUUGCAUCUGGGCAUUAGGAGAAGAGCAUCCAAUCAGAGUGGUCAACGCGUUACAGACACUAUGUGCUCUGAUCCGUGGGGUUCAUCAGAAGAACAAAUCCACAUCUGGCUUUGACAUCAUCAAUAUGCUAAUGGGCUUUGACAAAGCUGAAUUGUGCAUGAAGAAUCUGAUGGAGAGUUUGGAUGCAUUACUUUGCGCAGAAGGCUCUGAAAGUCUCAAAAGUUUGUGCCUGAAACUUUUGCUUUGUUUGGUAACUGUGACAGAUAAUAUCAGUCAGAACACAAUUCUGGAGUACGUGAUGAUUAAUAGUAUUUUUGAAGCUAUCUUACAGAUCCUUUCCAAUCUUCCCAGUCGCAGGGAACAUGGUUAUGAGGUCGUGGUCCUGCUGGCAUUAUUAGUGAACUACAGAAAGUAUGAGUCUGUGAAUCCUUAUAUAGGAAAACUGUCUAUCAUAGAUGAUGAAGCUACACUCAAUGGAAUGGGUCUUGUAAUUGCCCAGGCAUUAUCAGAAUACAACCGACAGUUUCGAGACAAAGAAGAAGAACAUCAGAGCGGGUUUUUCUCAGCCUUGACUAACAUGGUGGGCAGUAUGUUCAUUGCUGAUGCUGAUGAAAAAAUCUCCGUCCAAACUAAUGAAGCUAUCCUUUUGGCUCUUUAUGAAGCUGUCCACUUGAAUCGAAACUUUAUCACUGUAUUGGCACAGAGUCAUCCUGAAAUUGGUUUAGUGACAAUGCCAGAAAGCCCAGUUCCAACUACACCUGUUACUCCACUUGGAACCACACCACCUUCUUCUGAUGUCAUUAGCACUGUAGAGCUGCCCUUGGAUGCUGAUGUGCAGACAAGCAACCUGCUGAUAACCUUCUUAAAGUACAGUUCUAUUGUCAUGCAAGAUACCAAAGAUGCACACAGACUCCAUAGUGGAAAGCUCUGCCUGAUUAUCUUAACCUGCAUAGCAGAGGACCAGUAUGCUAAUGCUUUUCUGCAUGAUGACAAUAUGAAUUUUCGUGUAAACCUCCACAGAAUGCCUAUGAGACACAGGAAGAAAGCUGCUGAUAAGAAUCUUCCCUGUCGACCUCUAGUUUGUGCAGUGUUGGAUCUUGUGGUGGAAUUUAUAAUAACGCACAUGAUGAAAGAAUUUCCCAUGGAUCUCUAUGUGUGCUGUAUUCAAAUAGUGCACAAGCUGCUUUGCUAUCAGAAAAAGUGCAGAGUGAGACUUCAUUAUACUUGGAGGGAACUCUGGUCAGCUCUGAUUAAUCUGUUGAAGUUCCUCAUGUCUAAUGAAACAGUUUUGCUGGCAAAACAUAACAUCUUUACUUUGGCUCUGAUGGUGAUAAACCUGUUUAAUAUGUUCAUCACUUAUGGGGAUACCUUUCUUCCAACUCCUAGCAGCUACGAUGAGCUAUAUUAUGAAAUAAUCAGGAUGCACCAGAGUUUUGAUAACCUCUAUUCCAUGGUUCUGAGGCUUUCUACUAAUGCUGGCCAGUGGAAGGAGCCAGCCAGUAAGGUGACUCAUGCAUUGGUCAACAUAAGGGCUAUCAUCAACCACUUCAAUCCAAAGAUAGAAUCCUAUGCUGCUGUUAAUCACAUCUCACAGCUCUCUGAAGAACAGGUUCGGUCCAUCAGCAUCAAUGUACGGCGAAAUCUGGCAUUCAACACUCUUAGCCAGGAAGCCCUGCUAAAAGAGUUUUCAACCAUCUCCUGAAGCUGUCUUCUUGCUUCAUAACUAGUCCUGGUAUUACCGUAUCACCUCCUGCAGAAUAGCUCCCGGAUGUGGAACAGUCUAACUCUACUGUGUGGUUUUGUUUGUGUUUUGUUUUGUUUUUAAAGAGAAGAUCAAAGGAAGGCCUGGACUUGCCUCAUACUCUUGAGCAUAGAGAAUUAACAAUAUAGGCUGCAUUGGGAGCGGGAAAGAAGGGGCAGGGGUUAUUUCUCUUUUUUAAUUUCUUUGUGACAACUGUUGUGUAGGGAUAAGAAUUGUUUACUGAGUGAGCAAGAAUAGAGCAGAAGAGUGUUGCUUAGAGAGUUCAUACUUAAUGGUUCUCUGAAGACUGCUGAAGACUGAAGACUGAAGUGAGAAAGGGGCACAGGAACCAAGAUCUUGAUAAUAUGGAACAGUGGCUGAACACUUAUUUUAUGUAAAUUUAUACUUGGAUGCUUUGAAUCUGCGGCUCAUGUAUAUUGUUAGGUCCAUUUUAGUUGGUGCUGAAAUUAACACUUUGGCUCUGUCUUCAUUCUGCACAAGGCCUCCUAUUCUAACGGUCUUGCCGGAACUCCACCUCAGGAUGGUCUUGGUGCCCAACCUAAAGCUCUUGCUCUCUGGGGUUUCUUAGUUGAGAGAUUACCUCUAUGAGUUUAUUCUUACUAUUCCAUUGUGCCAUGCUUUAAAACCUUGGAAUGAAGAUAUUAAGAUGUAUCAGUGAUUUUUCUCCCCAAAGGAGCAAUAAGGGAAAACAUCCUAUGGUUUUACUUCCACCAUUCUCGUGCAUCAAAAGAAGCCAGUUCCUCCUGUACCCAGAAGGUUGACUGAGCUCCUGCCCUAGAGUCCGUCACUUUUUCCUGGCCUGUCAGCCUUGGAUUCUCUGCAUACAAGUAGGGUAAUUGAGGGCUCUCAUCAGGCUUGUCACUGUCCUUUCUAUCAAAAAUAACCUCUGUGAAUUCCACAGUGAUUGCAACUGUUUAAGUCAGUUCACAUUUUAUGUAUUCCAAUAAAGUACUUCAUUGGAAAUUCAGAAUUAAAACUAUAAUUUGUCUACUUUUA